AUGCCUGGCAAUGUGCGGGUUGGAGAUGAUGCAGAAGACCAGCUCUCCUUUCUUGAGGGAGCUAGCUAUUCCUUCUGUGCUCUAAGGCUUGGCAUCACCGCAGAGUUCCUCAUUCUUCUUCCAGGAGAUAGCAAAGAGCUUCGGGUGCGUCAACUUGAAAUUAUGUGCUGCUUUGGCUGUAUGUCAGUUCUUGCCAACUACUUCGUGUUCAUGACUUUCUUCCCAGCUUGCGUUUCCUUGGUUUUAGAGCUAAGAGCAGUUCUUACUUAUGGUAUUAACAGAAGACUUUCUCGGGAAAGCCGCGAGGGUCGUCCAAUUUGGCAACUGAGCCAUUUUGCUCGAGUUUUAGAAGAAGAAGAAAAUAAACCAAAUCCUGUUACUCAGAGAGUUAAGAUGAUUAUGGCUCUAGGCUUGGUUCUUGUUCAUGCCCAUAGUCGCUGGAUAGCAGAUCCUUCUCCUCAAAACAGUACAUCAGAGAACUCCAGGGUUUCUUUAGGACUGGAUGAAAAUGUGUCCAAGAGAAUUGAACCAAGUGUUUCCCUUUGGCAGUUUUAUCUCUCCAAAAUGAUCAGCAUGGAUAUUGAACAAGUUGUUACCCUAGGUUUAGCUCUCCUUCUGGCUGUCAAGUAUAUCUUCUUUGAACAAGCUGAGACUGAAUCUACACUCUCAUUAAAAAACCCUAUGACAUCGCCUGUAGUGACCCCCAAAAAAGUCCCAGAUGAUUGUUGUACUGAACCUGUGCUGGUCAGGAAUAGCCAGAAAGUCCAUGCAGCAGAGGAGGAGACAAGGAUAAACAGAGAAAGAAAAGUUGAGGUCAUAAAACCCUUUGUGGCAGAAACGGACACCCCAAGCAGAGCUACGUUUGUGGUUGGUAACUCCUCCUUACUUGAUACUUCGGUGGAACUAGAGACACAGGAACCUGAAAUUGAACUUCCCAUGGAGCCUCGGCCUAAUGAAGAAUGUCUACAGAUACUUGGGAAUGCAGAGAAAGGUGCAAAAUUCCUUAGUGAUGCAGAGAUCAUCCAAUUAGUCAAUGCUAAGCAUAUCCCAGCUUAUAAAUUGGAAACUCUGAUGGAAACCCAUGAACGAGGUGUAUCUAUUCGCCGACAGUUACUUUCCAGAAAACUUCCAGAGCCUUCUUCUCUCCAGUAUCUACCGUACAGGGACUAUAAUUACUCCUUGGUGAUGGGAGCUUGUUGUGAAAAUGUUAUUGGCUAUAUGCCCAUCCCUGUUGGAGUGGCAGGGCCUCUGUGCUUGGAUGGAAAAGAAUUUCAGGUUCCAAUGGCCACAACAGAAGGUUGUCUCGUGGCCAGCACUAAUAGAGGCUGCAGAGCAAUAGGUCUUGGUGGAGGUGCCAGCAGUCGAAUCCUUGCAGAUGGGAUGACUCGUGGCCCGGUGGUACGUCUUCCCCGUGCUUGUGACUCUGCAGAAGUGAAGGCCUGGCUUGAGACACCUGAAGGGUUCACAGUGAUAAAGGAGGCUUUUGACAGUACCAGCAGAUUUGCACGUCUGCAGAAACUUCAUAUGAGUAUGGCUGGUCGCAAUCUUUAUAUCCGUUUCCAGUCCAGGUCAGGUGAUGCAAUGGGGAUGAACAUGAUUUCAAAGGGCACAGAGAAGGCACUUUCAAAACUUCAUGAACAUUUUCCUGAAAUGCAGAUUCUAGCAGUUAGUGGUAACUACUGUACUGACAAGAAACCUGCUGCUAUAAAUUGGAUAGAGGGAAGAGGAAAGUCUGUGGUUUGUGAAGCUGUCAUUCCAGCCAAGGUUGUCAGAGAAGUAUUAAAGACUACCACAGAAGCUGUGAUUGAGGUCAACAUUAAUAAGAAUCUGGUAGGCUCUGCAAUGGCCGGGAGUAUCGGAGGCUACAAUGCCCACGCGGCAAACAUCGUGACUGCCAUCUACAUUGCCUGUGGACAGGAUGCAGCACAGAAUGUUGGCAGUUCAAACUGUAUUACUUUAAUGGAAGCAAGUGGUCCCACAAAUGAAGAUUUGUAUAUCAGUUGCACCAUGCCGUCUAUAGAAAUAGGAACUGUGGGCGGUGGCACCAACCUGCUCCCUCAGCAAGCCUGUUUACAGAUGCUAGGUGUUCAAGGAGCGUGCAAGGACAAUCCCGGGGAGAAUGCCCGGCAGCUUGCCAGGAUCGUGUGCGGUACAGUGAUGGCCGGGGAGUUGUCACUGAUGGCAGCGUUGGCAGCCGGACAUCUCGUCAAAAGUCACAUGAUUCACAACAGGUCAAAGAUAAAUUUACAAGACCUCCAAGGAACUUGCACUAAGAAGGCUGCUUGAAUAGCCUGACAGCUCUGAACUGAAACGUGGGCAUUGGGUUCUAAAGGACUAACAUAAAAUCUGUGAAUUAAAAAGCUCAAUGCGGUGUUGUGUUGAGGAUGAA